AUGAUCAAUAUAUCAAGAUUAGCUGGUUACAACAAACAGGAUGUCAAAAACAUUCUCUUGUUGCUCCAAGAGUUUGUUAUAACUUACAAAGACAACAAAGUCAAGAUCAACUACCAAUCAAGACCGGUGAUACUAUUCUUUAGCACUUUGAUCGCAACUGCUGGUUUUGGGCUCUACUUUACGAUUCGCAGUUUUAUAACAAAGUACCAUGAAUAUGCACUCAACAAGAAACAGAGACGGCCCAGUCUCAUUCGGCAAUCGUCGAAUGUGUUGAAGAACGGGUCAAGAGAAAUCUUCAUCAACAAGGGCAAAGAUCGAGUGACUAGAAUCAUUAUCCCAAAGCCAAAUAAUGACCAGUACGCGGCUGAUAAAUACUUGUACAAGGACUUCGCCAGGAGUCAAAGCAUUUUGCAGCAGCAAAAGGGUUUGCUAUUCAACUCCAAGUUCCUUAACCAGUUGGCCAUCAUAUGGAGGAUCUUGAUCCCCAAGUUUUACUGCAAAAACACAUCAUUGUUGUUAUCGCAGUGCUUCUUUUUGAUUUUCAGAACGUGGCUUUCUUUGCUCGUGGCCAAGUUGGACGGUCAAAUCGUCAAGAACUUGAUUGCAGCAAACGGUAGAAAAUUUUCAAGAGACUUGAUCUAUUGGUUGUUGAUUGCCUUUCCAGCAUCCUAUACAAAUGCUGCCAUCAAGUACCUAGAUCAAAGAUUGGCCCUUGGCUUUAGAACAAACAUCACCAGAUAUAUCCACGACAUGUAUCUAGAUAAAGUGAUGGCUUACUACAAGAUCGAGCUAAACAGCGGCGAUAUCCAAAACAUUGACCAGUACAUCACCGAUGACGUCACCAAGUUUUGCUCGUCGCUAAGCAACUUGUUUUCAUCAAUGGGAAAACCAUUUAUUGACAUGAUCUUUUUUUCAGUCUACUUGAGAGAUAACUUGGGAAGCGGCGCCAUACUUGGCAUUUUUGUAAAUUACUUGGCCACGGCAAUUAUGUUGAAAAGGGCAACGCCUUCGUUUGGUAAAUUGUCGGCCCACAGAACUCAUUUGGAAGGUGUUUAUUUCAACCAGCAUUUGAAUUUCAUGUCCAAUAGUGAAGAAAUUGGCUUCUACAAAGGUUCAUUGAUUGAAAAAGCAAAGCUCAAGGAAAACUUCACCACCUUGAUGAAUCAUGUUAGCAAAGAAAUCAACACCAGUUUCUGGUAUUCGAUUCUUGAAGAUUAUGUCUUGAAAUACACGUGGUCGGCAUGGGGCUAUAUAUUUGCUGGCUUACCUGUGUUUUUGGAUGAACUUUGGCCAGCCGAGGGCAAAAAGAGUGAGGAGUCGGACGUUGCUAGUGAGCGUAAAAACAUGAGACAAUUCAUCACAAACAAGAGAUUGUUGUUGUCGCUUGCUGAUGCUGGCUCGAGAUUGAUGUAUUCGAUCAAGGAUGUCAAUACCUUGACUGGUUACACCGACCGAGUCUUUGACUUGUUGACCCAGUUGCACCGCGUGCACUCGCCCAGAUUCGAUUACGGCGACAAGAAUGGAAUUGCUGAUAUUCACGGAACAAUCCAAACCAAUUACCAAGAUGGUUUGCGUUUCGAAAACAUUCCAGUCAUCAUCCCCACUGCCGAAGGCUCUGAGGGACAGCCGUUGAUCAAAAAUUUAAACUUCCAAGUGAAAAACAAAAACAUGUUGAUUCUUGGCUCCAAUGGGUGCGGGAAAACCUCGAUUGCUAGAAUAAUUGCUGGAUUGUGGCCCUUGUAUAGGGGUCUUUUAUCCAAGCCAAACGAUGACGACAUUUUCUACCUCCCGCAAAAGACUUAUUUCACCACUGGUAACUUGAGAGAUCAAAUCAUAUACCCUUAUACCUACGUUGACAUGCUUGAGAUGGGCUAUAACGAUGAUUAUUUGUACCACAUUUUACGUGAAGUCAAGUUGGAAUACUUGUUGCAAAGAGAGGGCAACUUUAAUGUCGUUAAAGACUGGAAAGAUGUGUUUAGUGGCGGUGAAAAGCAAAGAAUGAGCAUUGCUAGAGUAUUAUUCAAGCACCCCAAAUUGGUGGUCUUGGAUGAAAGCACCAAUGCAGUGAGUACAGAUGUCGAGGAUUACUUGUUUGAACUAUUACAAAAGAAAAAGAUUCCAUUCAUCACCUUUUCUCAUCGACCAUUGUUGAUGAAAUACCAUGACUACAUUUUGGAGAUUGAACAAGGCGGCAGUUGGGUGUUGCAUGACUUGACAAGUGAGGAAAACUUGCAAAGUAUCGACAAUGAGAUCCACGAGAUUGAAGAGAAGCUUGCGCAAACCGAGAAAUGGGAAAAGAGAAAAGACGAGAUCAAUAGAUAUUUGGAUGGUCAGUUUGAUGAUAUCGGGUUGGAAAGCUCGAUUGAUCUUUCUGAAAAGGCUAUCCCCGUGGGGAGCACAUAG